AUGUCACUGUACGGUCCUGGUGUGAUUAAUUCUUUAUCAUACAAUAAUCAUAGCAGAGAAAAUCGAAUAUCUACGGACAGUUCCAUUAAUGUGCGAAACUUCCAUGUGCCGCCGACCAAACCUGAAAAAACUUCGUUCCAAUUAAGAAUAUGUACAACUAAACGAUUGGUACGAAGCACAGUUUUACUGUCUACAAAUUCCACAGAUACUCUUCAACAGUUAAAAUGGACAAUUAUAGACGAACGUAGUUUACACCUAACACCUGAUGAGAUCAGUCUGUGGUCAUUAAAUGACAAAUAUGAAUGGAAGCGUUUAGAUGAAAUAAAUAAUAAAUAUGCAACUAUAACACAGCUAGAUUUACAAGAAUAUGAUGUGAUAAGCGUCGAACCUGAACCGUCUUCAGUAAGUAUUGUAAAAGCGAGUUCUUCAGAUUCAUUAAUAACGUUAAAACUCUGUGAAAAAUCGUUUACAUUGAAACCAUUCCGUUAUUUGAAUAUAUUACGAACGAGCACACUCGGUCAAACAAAAGCGAAAGCAAUAAAACGAUUAAAUUCAACGGCAACCAAUGACGGCAUAUGUUUGUUUCUUUACGAACGGGGGUCCUGGAUAAAAUUUGACAUAGAGCUUGAUAGCUGCACCCUAGGUGAAUUACAUUUUGAAAAUAAUUCAUUUGUGAGUGUAGACAAAGAUAUUGAAUCCACUUUAUCAACACCAGUAUUAUGCGGAUUGGAAAACAUCGGUAACACUUGUUAUAUGAACAGUGCAUUGCAAUGUCUCAACAAUAUUUCCAAACUGGUCGAGUAUUUUGACAGUUUUAAGGACAACUUUGACGAGAACAGCGUAUCAAAAGUCUACAUAACUCUCAUUGAAUCAAUGUUGUUGCGACAAUAUUCAUAUGGUAUAUUGAGAGAAUUGAAGGAACGUGUCAGUCAUAAAUCACCAAUAUUUUCUGGCUACAGACAGAAUGAUGCGCAAGAGUUCAUGAACUCACUUUUACAUACUUUGCAUAAUGAAUUGAAAGAUGCUGAGAAUGAGUCAAUAAUAACAACACUAUUCCAUGUCAAAAUACAGUCUACUGUCACCUGCGACGGAUGUUCUGGUUCACAUCCAAAUGAGCAAAGCAGUUGUUUUCUACCCUUACCCUUACAUAAACAACAACAGCGUUUGUUUGAGAUUGAUUAUAGCAAAUUGGAUGGUCAAGUGGUAUCACUAUCAGUUGAAGCACCACUAAAUGGUACAUUAUUAACAUUAACUCGUUGCUUCAUUGCUGUAUAUAAGAACAAAAUAAUCGAAUCUUCGAAGAAUACAAAUGAUAUACCAGAAACAGAGCAUUUAGUGGUCGCAAAAAUGGUUGACAAUCGUAUCGUCCGCGAGUACGCGAUUACGCUACGCCUGAUCGAUAUAUUCGAAGAUCGACUGACAGUGUUCGAAUUACCUGCUGAGAUUGAUCUUUAUAUGGAUACAUUAACACUCUGUUUAUUCGUAGACGUUGAUAACAACCAUCAUUUUCGUCCGCCGGUUUACAUUAAAAGACCAAAAUACAACUGCUAUGGAAAAAUUAUUAAACAAAAGCUGAACAAAAUUUUAGAACAUCUAACAUCAGUUACGAAGGACUCAUCAAAGUAUCACAUUGUUUGGACCUCUAUCAAUAAUGCACACAAAUACUCUCUCGAAGAAGAUCUGAAUAAUCUUCUUUACUGCAUGGAUGCUGUUAUAAUCGAAGUUCCGAGUUCGGUUGUACGAAAAUAUGAACUUAAUUGUAGUAAAAACUGUUCUUAUGAAAAACGAGAAUUGUUGAAUAAUGAGAAACACGUCCAACAUCUCACAUUAAACUAUUUAUUAGAUGAUUUCUUUCAAGAAGCUAACUUGGAUGGUGAUUAUUAUUGUUCACUAUGCAAUCAAAUAACUACAGCAAAACAAAAGUCAGAUUUAUGUUUUCCGUUGCCACAAGUGUUUAUCAUUCAACUGAAACGCUUUACGUACAACGAUUCAAAUGAGAAAAUCGACACAUUCAUCGACUAUCCAUUGAACAAUUUAGAUCUUAGUCGAUAUACGACAGCGAGUCAAUCGUCGAAUGAUUGUCUCUAUGAUUUAAUGGCUGUUUCAAAUCAUCAAGGAAGCCUUGGUGGUGGUCAUUACACAGCCGUCGCGAGAAAAGUAAACAACAAAUGGUUUUCAUUCAAUGAUCAGUACUUUGAAGAAAUUCCAUCUAAUCUCAUUCGGCAGAAAGUAAUCACAAAAAAUGCUUAUGUACUUAUCUAUGUGAGAAAAUGA